AUGCCACCUGAUGGCAUCUUUUUGUCCAACUACCAAGACGAAAUAGAGACGACGAGCGCAUGGUGGCGGCAAGAUCAAAUGGUGGUUGAUAUGAGACAAAGAGUACAAUGGUGGCAGAAGGCGAUGACAAGCAGUGGAAUCAUCAAGAAGAAGUGGCGACCACAAGAUUUGAAGAAGCGCCACGUAGCCUUAUUUGAUAGUGUGAAAUUCACAGUCGAGUCCUUUUCUAUUCAGCUUCUCAGUUCUGAAUACGAACUAAAAAAGUAUCUGGAUGAAUAUUCUUUGAGCGAAAGCGACUUUACCAUGAAAUAA